AGUCUGUUGUAUCCGCACACAUCCGCAUGAUUCUAGUGGUUGUAUUAAUGGAUGUUUAAGCAGUAUCUGCCCACAUUGCAAGACAACCUGGCUCGCAUAUCCAGUGACUGUCCCCCAACUGCAGGAGGGUGAGUUUGGAAGAGUCUCAAAACGGAGCCGCCUGAAUCAUUCGUGCAACAAUGAGCUCGGAGCAGCCGAGCGACAAUGAGGAACCCGAAGAGCCGCGCGCUGAUGUGCUGCGCGAGGAGGAUGAGGAGAACAGCGAUGAAGACAGGGGCUCCUCCACGAGACCAUCAUCACCACAAGCGGGCCGUGAGAGUGCCGAAAAGCAGGGCAGCUCGAGGCUCGAGUUGGCCGCAGACGACGGGACGGGCUCGGGAUGCAGGGGCUCGAGCGACUCUCUGUUCUCGUGGAUUUGCAACAGGACAAUCCGUAGGGGGGCGUUCGUAGACCCCGCGCGGGAUCAUUUCCGUACAAUGACACGGCUUUAUAAGUCCAUGAGCCCGGCUACGGAUUCGAUGAACCUUAGUACUCAAACUCACGGGGCUGUCUUCAACUUGGAGUAUUCCCCGGACGGGUCCGUUUUGACGGUUGCUUGUGAGCAGACAGAAGUGCUCUUGUUUGACCCUGUUUCUUCCAGACAUAUUAAAACACUGGUGGAGGCUCAUGAGGACUGUGUAAAUAACAUCAGGUUUCUUGACAACCGGCUGUUUGCGACCUGCUCUGAUGACACCACCAUUGCAUUGUGGGAUUUGCGGAAACUCAACUCGAAGGUGUGCACGUUGCAUGGCCACGCCAGCUGGGUCAAGAACAUUGAGUAUGACACACACACCCGCCUGCUAGUGACGUCAGGGUUCGACGGAAAUGUCAUCACCUGGGAUACCAACAGGUUCACAGAAGAUGGCUGUCCACACAAGAAGUUUUUCCACACACGCUAUCUAAUGCGGAUGCGUCUGACUCCAGACUGCAGUAAGAUGUUGAUCUCCACAUCCUCUGGUUACCUGCUCAUCUUACAUGACCUUGACCUCACCCAGAGCCUUGAGGUCGGGAGCUACCGCAUCCUACGGGCCCGUAGGGCCCCGCUCAGCACAGAAGGUUCAUCAGCAGGAUCCAGGUCAGGUGGUUCUCGUCACACCAUUGACAGCAAAACCCAUCCACACAGAGAGGGUUUGUCACCCAGAAACAGUCUUGAGGUUUUAACCCCAGAGAUCCCGGGUGAGCGGGACCGUGGGAACUGCAUCACCUCAUUGCAACUGCAUCCCAAGGGCUGGGCCACACUGUUACGCUGCUCCAGCAACAUGGACGACCAGGAGUGGACGUGUGUGUACGAGUUUCAAGAGGGAGCUCCACCUCGACCACCAGUGUCUCCUCGCUGCUCUCUGCGUCUCACGCACUACAUCGAGGAGGCUAACGUAGGCCGCGGCUACAUUAAAGAGCUGUGCUUCAGUCCUGACGGCCGCCUCAUUUGCUCGCCGUACGGUUACGGCGUGCGUUUGCUGGCGUUCGAUGAGCACUGCGCUGAGCUGACGGACUGCAUGCCUGUGAGGACGGCUCUGCUGCGGGAGGUCCGCUCCAUCUACUCUCACAGCGACGUGGUGCUCACCUCAAAGUUCUCACCCACUCACUGUCAGUUUGCAUCAGGCUGCCUUAGCGGACGCGUAGCUCUUUAUCAACCACACUUUUAACACAUACACUGAUCGCUGAACUAUAUCCUGCAAAUGGCAGAAGCUUUUGAUGUUUAUGGCGGACAAUGGGAGAACGAAACUACCUUAAAUGGAGUAUUUUUGUGUGUGUGUGUGUGUGGUCACGCUGCAUGUGAAUGACCUUGUACGUUUUUGUCAUUUUUAGAUGUAAUUGUUCUUUACACUGUGUAAACUCUGAACUUAUCAGUCUAUGCGAGAAUGAAAGCAAAGAGCAUUAGUUUUUCUCCAUGAUGGAGGAUGAAUGAGUCACGUGAGCGUUAGAGAAUUGUGGAAUGUUUUUUGUUUGCUCAUCCAUGCAGCACUGCAGUAAACGCUUAAGCCAAUCAUUUUUAUGGAACUGUAACACAGUUUAAGGCAAUUUUUGCAUUUUGCCAAACAUUUUAGAACUUGACAAUGCCAUAUUCA